CCUAUUAUUAGCAAACAAGGAAAGUAGAGGUUCCUCCCCUCCCCCACCAGACUCACCCUCUUUCAAAGGCCAAAUUUUUGUAAUCGCCAAAAUGACUCACCCGCCCAAAUUAAACCAAAACAACAACAACAAACCCAUUCCUCUCCCCAAAAAGGACACUUUCCAUCACAAUUUCUCUCCGAACAGCGGCUCGUUUCUACCCGGAGCUGUUCUUCUACAUUUCCGGCCCAGCAAAUGGCCGCUGUUCACCACCACCGCCAUCGCCCCCACCACCACCACCACGGCCACAUCAUAUCCUUCUUCCUCCUUCUCCUUCUCCUACUCCUCCUCCCUCAUUUCUCCUCCUCACUCCCCGACGAAGAAGCCCUCCUAAAACUCAAAUCAUCCAUUAACCAUGGUGGUUCCCUUGAUGGCUGGUCCCCUGGUACCUCCCCUUGCCAAAAUAGAUGGGUCGGCAUUGUCUGCGAUGGUGGUGGUACCGUCUCUGGAAUUAGACUCUCCAGCCUCUCCCUCUCCGGAAAUAUCGACAUCGAUGCCCUUCAGAAACUCCCAGGGCUUCGAACAAUUAGCUUCUCCAACAAUUCAUUUACAGGCCCCAUCCCAGCUUUCAACAAGCUCGGCGCCCUCAAAGCCCUCCUCCUCUCCAUCAAUAACUUCACCGGAGAAAUUCCCGCAGCAUAUUUUACCCCCAUGUCUUCCCUCAAGAAAGUUUGGCUCGACACCAACCAGUUCACGGGCAAGAUACCUGAUUCCGUUAUGGGGCUCCCGCAUCUCAAGGAGCUUCACCUCGAAGAAAACCAAUUCUCGGGCCCUAUUCCAUCACUCAAGGAUCCCACCACCUUAACUUCCCUUGACCUCUCUCAAAACAAGCUAGAGGGGCCCAUCCCUCCAAGCUUCUCCAAAUUCAAUGCCUCCUCUUUUGUAGGGAACGACGCCCUCUGUGGGAGCCCACUAGCUAUCCCUUGUGCCGAAAAAGAUGCAGCAUCGCCUACUCCUGAUUCUGACGAUAACGGAGAGGACGAGGAAGAUGAUGCAGAGGAAGUCCCAGCGGGAGGACACCCGAAUGUGGCCGCCGGGGUGGUGGCGCUGUUGAUUAUAGUCAUGGUGAUUGUGAUCACAGUUUUAUCAUCUAGGAAGAAGAAUGGAGAGGACUCGUUCAACGUGUUGGAGAAGGAGAAUCUGAACAAGCGAGAGCCUGUUAUGCCGGUGAGCUUACCAGCGGCGGGGAAGAAGGAGUCACAUCGAAAGGGUAGUGGUGGCGGAGGCGGUGGAGGAGGAGGGGAGCAUUCAACAACAACUAGGAGGGGUCCAGCGCAGAGCUCAGGGGCAGGGAGAAAUGGGAUGGGGGACCUUAUCAUGAUAAAUGACGAGAAGGGCCCAUUUGGGUUGCCGGAUUUAAUGAAGGCGGCGGCAGAGGUGCUAGGGAAUGGCGGGCUGGGGUCGGCUUAUAAGGCUACAAUGUCUUCUUUGAAGUUAUCGGUGGUGGUGAAAAGAAUAAGGGAGAUGAAUAUGCUUGGUAGGGAUUUGUUCGACGCGGAGAUGAGGCGUUUUGGAAGGAUUCGACACAAAAACAUUUUGACUCCUUUGGCUUACCAUUUUCGGAAAGAAGAGAAGCUUCUUGUCUCUGAGUACAUGCCCAAAGGGAGUUUGCUAUAUCUCAUGCAUGGUGAUCGAGGAAUCUGCCACUCAGAUCUAAAUUGGCCAACCCGAUUGAAGAUAAUAAAGGGGAUAGCAAAUGGUUUACGCUUCCUACACUCAGAGUAUGCAUCUUACAAUCUUCCACACGGCAACCUCAAAUCCAGCAAUGUCGUCCUAGACAAUAGCUAUGAGCCUCUGUUGAGCGACUAUGCACUCGACCCGCUCAUAAACCCAAAGCAUUCCUCCCAAGCUAUGUUCGCCUACAAGUCCCCUGAAUAUAUCCAGUAUAGCCAAGUCUCCCAUAAGUCUGAUGUGUACUGCUUAGGGAUCAUAAUACUUGAAGUGGUGACGGGAAAAUUCCCUUCACAGUACCUAACCAACGGGAAAGGCGGGACAGAUGUGGUGCAGUGGGUUGUUCAGGCAAGCAGAGAAGGGAGAGAAAGAGAAGUCAUAGAUCCAGAAAUGAUGAACGGUACCAAAUCGGCAGAGCGAAUGGUACAACUGUUGCAGGUUGGUUUGGCUUGCAUCGAAACUGACCCUACCCAACGGUUAGACAUGAGUGAAGCUAUUAGACGAAUAGAGGAGAUUCAAGUUUAAUUUUUUCUUAAAAUUAUUUUAAAAGAAGAAAGAGCAAAGGAGAUGAAAAAAGGAAGGGCCUGCUUUUGUCUUCUUCUUCAUGAUCUUGAAUGGAAUGAAAUUACAACCCUAGGCCCGUGUAUGUUUAUUGUUUUCAAACUUUUGUGUAAAUUAUUACAUUUGUGUAGGCCAAAAAUUGUGAAUGGUUCUCAAUGUGCAGUUUUUUUUGUUAGAAGUGAAUAUGCCCAAGUCCUUAAAUUUCCGUCUUCUUUUAAAAACACGUAUAAAGAAAUGUGAUUUUU